CCCACUCUGCUGGUUAUGGUGCCCACUGUCACCAACGUGUCUGCUGGGAUCCCCAGCAGCAAAGUGAAAUACUCAAAGCUCUCCAGCACUGAUGAUGGACACAUUACCUGUCAGAAGGAAACUUUACCUGCCGAAUUCAAGAAAAGCCCUACUAACAUUCCUUAUAAGGCCAUUGCCUGCGCCUCCUUACAGUUUUUGACUGGUGUUUUUCUCAUUAUUACGGGCUGCCUCCUGCUGGCAGGCUACAGCAGCAAAGUUGGCGCCAACCGAGCCUUUCCAGUUCUGACUGUUGGCGUCCUGGUGUUCCUCCCCAGAUUUUACCACCCGAUCAUCGCAUACAGAGCAUACCGAGGCUGCCAGGGCUACUCCUACCGUGAUUUUCCGGACUGUGAUGACUAGGCCCUGCUGCAGCCAGAAGAGUCACAGACGGGGGUGAGCAGAGUUAAAGGCAUUUGGCAGAUGCUGUGGAAAUUGAUGCCUAAGGAUUAAGGAAUUCUGCUGUUUUGCAAAUGCUUGGCAAAACUAUGCAUUUUUGCAUGGAUUUUAUAA